ACUCUUCUUCUCUGGCAGUGCUACGAUCGAAUUGCAGGUGAUACCAGCAGGUUGCAUUAAAUUCCGUAAAACAAUGUGGCAACCUUCACAGACCUGCCGCGCAACUACGAUUUGUUAACAGUAGAACUACCUUCUUGUUUAAUAGUAUAUUUUAUUUUUUAUGUUAAUACCAAAUACAAUUCUUCAUUAGAGUGCGGGCAACUUUGUAACUAAUGCACUUGAUGACACUUUGACACUUGCCUUUAAAUAUGGCGGCAAGCACCGUUAAAAUGACGCAAGCGUAUUUCAAUUCAAUUGCUCAUUAAAACAAAACCAAUAGCUGAGAUUGAAAUCAAAUGUUUGACGUUCACAAUAAAUAAAGGAAAAAGGGGGUGGAAUGGAGCACACAAGGAAUCGCUUCGUAAAAUGUUAUUCAAAUGGGAGCAUUACUUGGCCACCGGUGUUCAGUGUUACCAAAUCAGCCAUUUUCCCGACAGAUCUGGCUAUUUUCAAAGGACAUCAGCCGAAGAAAUUUGAAAACAGCUAGAAAACGCCAGAUCAUGGUUCUCCUUCUAGCCCAGCUCUCAGCUCAGUCCAGCUGCAAUUUAAGCAGGAAGCAGACACCGAUGAUGAAUGUGAGCGAAAUCUAUGCCAGUUACUUGGAGAGCACCUUGAUUGGAGUCCAGCGGGAGGAGGCGAAUCUGUAUGUGGUGCGUGCGCUGCGUCACGUCAUCCAGGAUGUGUUUGCCCAGCUGAGUCCGACACUGAUGAUAAUGGCAGCCACACGCUCCAGCAUGCUGGACACUUGGUUUCAGCAUGUGAUUGGCGUCUUGUUGAGCACAUGGAGCGAUGGCACUGUUCAAAUGCUGCGCGCAAAUGGCACGCAGAGUGUCCAUGUGCCUGGACGCAAGUACUGCAAUCUGUUGCUUGUCGACUCCUAUGAGAGUUUACUUGAUACACGCAUUGCGGAGGACAAUGCGGGCUACGAUGAUCACGAGUAUUAUUUCAUCUUUCUGCAGACACGCGAUCAAUACAUCGAACGCGAGCGACAGCUGAUCCUGGAAUACUGUCUGGCACAUUAUUGGCUCAACUGCAACGUGAUGGUGCAGACGGCACAGGUGGAGGUGCUCGUCUAUAGCUAUUAUCCGUAUCAGGAGCAGCGUUGUCAGCUGGCCGAGGCGCAGCUAGUGAAUCGCUUCGAUGGUCAGCGCAUGAUCAAUGCUCCCAUGUUUCCCAACAAGCUGCGACAGCUCUCCCAAUGCCCGCUCACGCUGCUGCUGUGGCACAUGCCACCGUAUGUGGAGCUCAGUCCUGGACGCACUGCCGGCGGCUUUGAGAUGCAAUUGGUGCAACAUUUGGCGCAGCGUCUCAACUUUAGUCUCGUGCUGCACAAGCUGCAUCUGCUGCGAGUGGAUCAGUACAAACUGGCCAUGGCCAAUGGCAGCAUUAAUGGACCAAUUGAAUUAAUAAUGCAGCAACGCGUCAACAUGAGCAUUGGCUAUUUCCGUAAGACAGCGCGACGCGAUCAACUGAUGACCUCGACGCCAGCUCACUAUUAUGCUCCUCUGGUGGCCGUUGUGGAGAGCGACAACUUUCGCUUUGGCCGCCUUGCCUGGCUCACGUUCCCCUUUCAGUGGCCGGUGUGGCAAACGCUGCUCGCCGCCUUGUUGCUGCAUUGGAGCGUCUAUGUGUGGCACUGGCGACGCUUGGGAUUGCAGGUGGUGGAGCUGCUGCUGGGCGUGGCAGUGCCGCGCCUCCCACGCUGCUGGCUGCAGCGUCUUGUCUACGCGCAUUGGCUGCUGGGCAGCAUUCCGCUGCGCAUCAUUUAUCAGUCGCUGUUGUUUCACUUUAUGCGUCUGCAAUUGUUCGAGACGCUGCCCAGCUCGUUUGAGCAGCUGCUGUCGUCCAACUUUCGUGCGUUUUGCACCUCGAACACGCUGCAAAUGCUCCGUGAGAUGCCGCAAGUGGAUUGCCACUAUGACAGCUUCACGGGCUUUACUACGUCGUAUGAUCAAAAUGUCCUCGAUGCACUGCAGCACAAUCGCAGCAUCGGCAGGCGUUCGUUUGCUAUUGCUGGACUGGACGUGACCAAAGCGCAUCUGCGUGACACGGGCCAAGAGGAGAACUAUCACAUAUUGACGCAGUACGUCAAUGUCCAGCAGGUGGUCAUCUAUAUGCCCAAGCAUACGUAUUUCUAUUCGGAAUUUACGAAUUUAAUACGUCGACUUGAUGCCAGUGGGUUCAUUGACUUUUGGCGGCGAGCCACCUUCGCUGAGUCCGUGCAUCGCAACCAAAGGCGGGAGAACAACGAGGAGGAACUGCAGCAGCAGGAGCACAGGCGACGCAUUCACGAAACCCAGCUAACUGCCAUUUAUGGUGUAAUGGGCAGUUUGUACGCUAUUGCAGCGUUGAUUUUCUGCCUGGAACUGCUGAUCCAUCGACUAUUCAAUAAGACAUAGGAAUGUGUAUUUAUGUAUGUAUUUCCCAUAUUAUUUGUUGUGUAGUUCCCCAAUCAAUUAGUGUUGACAUAGGUCGUGAAUUGGGAUAUUUUAAAAUAUCGAUAUUUAUAAAUAUAUU